UCAACCGGAACAAGCAAAAAAAAAAACUGCUUUCUUGGCGACGUUUAAAGUUUCCCUUUUCCGUGGAGUGGAACAGUUUUCAAGUCGUACUGAUGUGGUGAAUUGCGCAGGUUCGUGGAAGAAACACUAUCUGUCAGUACUUCCAUUCGGCAGCCUAAAAUAUGAACCCAUACAAGCGACUGAAUUUUUCCGUUGUCAUCUUAACGCUUCCAAGACGAGGGUGGAAUCAAUGAUAAAGCCAAGUUUUGUGACUACCGUUGGUACCUACUCGGAAUGUUGGUGGUAAUGGAACUGAAAGUUAUAAUUAAAAGAAUGUUUGUGUUGUUAAUGGAGUCUGCCAGCUGGAAGUGAAAGUAUGUUUCUAUAGAACCUUCUUUUUACCUUUUCGGAAGUGAGUUCAAGACAGUGAUAGACAAUGUGUAAAAAAUAGAACGGUCAAACAACGACCCGAUUUGCAUAAGUAGGCAAUAGAAAAUUAUUGCCGCCGAAAAAGGAUCCCCUGUGAGAUAUUUUGUGGAUCCUUUGGAAUAAUUAUGUGGUUCAUCCUUGUUAACAUCGAUGUCCUAGAGGCCGACGGUAUCAAUCGUGUUACGACCACCCUACGAUAUCAGGAAAAUUAAAAGCAGAAGCUCGAAGUGUGAAUGUCGAGCGAAUCGUUAGCAAAACGUGAGUGCCUCGUCCGCCCUCCGCAUAAUCAAUGGAAUAAAUACGAGUGCGAGUGUUGGUAAUGGGAAGAAAACUGUGUACCUCUGUGAUACAGUGCAUUGCAUAUGUGAAGUGAUCGUUUAGUACACGGUGCGUUGACGUUGUACUAAAUUUGAACGCAGCAUGAGGGGUGCAAGCAUUUCAGCAUGUAGUGUUACGGAAACAUAGUGAUAAAACGUUCAUUGUGUACGUUGGUCUAAGGUUUAAUGCAUGCUUCGUGAGAUAUGGUUUCGAGUUUUCGAAAAUAGCACAUUUAUAGUAAUUACCAGUAAUUACAUGCAAACCGGUUUAGAUAUAGGCACACGUUGAUGUAACUAUACAGUGCCAUACGAAUGAAUGAAAUAUGCAUGAGUGAUAGUGUAUCAGUGGAAGAAAAUUACUCAAACCCGAACCAAAAAGUCGGCCUAUGUCAGUCUGCGUGUCGUCUGCUCUGUCAAUCGCGACGAGUCUUGCUGCAGUGGCCGGAAUUCCCGGUGAAACGGAUCUCACCGGCGGUAGCAUGUCACUGUCGCACAUGUCCGUGUCGCAGUCGUUGAUGCAGCCACUGUCCCAUGCUCUGGCAUCGUCUAUGCUAAACAUGCCCGGAAUCGACCACCAAUCGCAAAACACGGCGGCCAUGUCCCAACAGCAUCCUCCUCAGCUUCACAAUCCCCAUCUGCAUUCGUCGCCUCUCACGAACGGAUCCGCCGGAAGCGACAUCACGGAUCAUCCCAAUCCGGAUAUGCUGCUGGCGCUGAUAGCGCGGAACAAAACACUCGAAGCAACCAUCCCAAAGUGCGGCGGCUGUCAUGAGCUGAUACUGGACCGUUUUAUCCUGAAGGUGUCUGACCGAACGUGGCACGCCAAGUGUCUUCAAUGCAGCGAUUGUCACAUACAGCUCAAUGAGAAAUGUUUUGCUCGAAACGGUCAAUUAUUUUGCAAGGACGACUUUUUCAAGUCCUACAGGCGGUACGGUACGAAAUGUGCGGCUUGCGAUCUAGGAAUUCCACCCACUCAAGUGGUGCGAAGGGCCCAAGACAAUGUCUACCAUCUGCAGUGCUUUAUGUGUUCGAUGUGCUCGCGGCAGCUCAACACUGGCGACGAGUUCUACCUGAUAGAGGAUGGGAAACUUAUUUGCAAGCCCGAUUACGAGGCAGCAAAAGCCAAAGGUUUAUAUCUCUCCGAUGGAUCAUUGGAUGGUGAAUCAUCAAACAAACGUCCUCGCACAACAAUUACCGCCAAACAGCUGGAAACACUGAAGAGUGCUUACAACAGUAGUCCAAAGCCAGCACGACACGUCCGCGAACAGUUAUCCCAGGACACCGGACUGGAUAUGCGAGUAGUACAAGUGUGGUUCCAGAAUAGACGAGCCAAAGAAAAACGACUGAAAAAGGACGCCGGUCGCACGAGAUGGAGUCAAUAUUUCCGUUCAAUGAAGGGUGGCGGCUCACCGAGCAGGCACGAUAAACUCUUAGAUAAGGACGAAUUGAAAAUCGAUCUAGAUAGUUUUAGUCAUCAUGAUCUUAGCAACGAUAGCUUUAGUACUUCGAACAUGGGUCUAGAAGAUGGUGCUUCACCCCACAGCGGGCGGGGUUCUUACAUCCACGGUAACGGAAGUCCGCCGCCAUAUCUAUCCAGUCAUUCACCUCCGCCCAUGGGACCGGGUCACCAUUUCGGUUCCUAUCCAGACAAUAUUGUAUACACUCCGCUAGGUCAACCCGUCAACUCAAUGCACCAUGGAGGUCCCCGGGGUCCCCACGGGAUGCACGGUAGUGCGGUAUCCGACAUGAGCAACGAUUCUAGUCCAGCCCACGGCUAUCCCGAUUUCCCGCCCAGUCCCGAUUCAUGGCUCGGUGAAUCCUGCCCACCGAAUGGAUCCGUCGCUUCCGCAGUAGCGCAACAACCUGUGCCGGCUCCGUCGGUGCCUUCGGUGGCGGCAUCUGUACCAGCAAUACCGCAAACCAACGGCAAUCAUGUACCGCCGGCUCUGCACUACUGAUGUGCUUGAGGUCUCCGAAGGGCAGAGAGAGAGAGAGAACGCGAAAGGCUUCUGUGUUCGGUUAGGUUAAAUUGAUUUAUCGUAUCGAUUAAUCUAGAAUUGGGGAUGAUCGCUUUUUUGUAGGCAGUGAAUAUAGAAACUUUAAUGAGCUAAUUUCAAACUUCAAAAUCAAAUCAACUGAUUUGCUUCGAAAAAUGAAUAUUUUUGUUGAUGGUUUUCAACAAUCAUAUUUUUGUAAAAUUGCGUCAUAAGAAACUUUUUGAAUAAUCUCGGAGUCCAACUAAAAAUCAGACUUCUACCAGAGAUCUUAACAGAAAUCAUCGAGGAAUUAUUCGAAUAAUCGUCAUUGAAUACGAUAAGGGAUAACUCCAGAUAGCCGUAGCGGUAA